AUGCCUUCUUCUUCCGCUCACCGACCUGAUCCUGCAAAGUUCUCAUAUAUAUCCAAAUGGAUUGCAAAAUUAUCACACGAUGAUCUCCAACAACUUCUGGCAGACGCAGCAGUGAGACACAAAGACGUCUUUGCUGCAUUAGAGACAAAGUCCGAGGAAGCAGAGCUCACACAACGGAAAGACAAGUUUCGGAUUGAAAUGCGCUUGAUGAACUCGUAUGAUUCGGACCGGUUACUCGAAGACACGACUCGCUCAACAUCUAUACGGGCACCUGCUACCGAACAAGCUGUUGUUUUGGACAACGGUGACGAAGAAGAGGAGGACGAGGAUAUCAAAUUCGGUGAUUAUGCGAUCGAGGUCAAUCGGAUUCUUGAAGACAAGUGGGCACACCUCAGUUCCCCUGAACAAUUCAACAAAGUUAACGCUGCAACCGACGACAUCAUGGCAAUUGUUGAUGGGAUUAUCAGUUCUGUUGGACACAACAAUGACUACACUCCGAAGGCGGCGUCACUACUCAAUCUGUUCGUAGUCGCUGAGGCUCUGACCGAGAGCUCUACGAUGCUCGCAGAUCAUGUGCGGAACGAAAUCAUGAAUCGUGGAUUUUACGAAAAAGUACUAGGCACGGUACACAGUCUCGAUCUCUUGCAAACUAUCCGGUUCUUGCAAGAUGAGGUUUGCUCGGGUUACUCUGGGCGUGAUUUUCGACGAUUCUUUCAUCUCGCCAUCGAGUUGCCUGAUCAUUUCCAGGAUGAGAUCCAUUAUACGCGACCUUAA